AUGAAAACUACCAGUUGGAUUAGGAAGAACUGGCUUCUUGUUGCUGGCGUUUCUUUCAUAGGUGUCCAUCUUGGGACAUACGUUAUACAGUGGGCUGCAAAACAAUCUGUAAAAUCUCAGUCCGGAAACAAACAAAAGAGUAUCAAAGAAUGAAGAACACAGCCUAUUGGUUCCCUCGGCUCAGUCUCUCCUAGUAGUUAUGGAAGUGUGAAAGAUCUG